GAUAUGAAGUAUAUAUAUAUUAACAUAAACAUUUGUUAAAAUAAAAUUAUUUAUAUGUAUGAUUUUAUUAUCAUUGUAUCUUAUUAUAGAAAAAAAUUGAAACAUUGAUCGCAAAAGUUUAUGUGAGACUUUUAACAGUUUUAUUAUCGUCUAAAAUUUUUAAUAUAUGAUUAAUGUAAUUGUGUAAUUUAUUUUAAUAGUAAAGAAUUAAACAAAAUGAUAUAAAGCAUACAAAUUAUUAGCAAAUCUUCAUUAUUUAAAAUCAUUAAUUACUAUAUAUAUCAUAAUCACAUUUGGUAAUUCCGUAGGUUUUAUUUAAGGAAAUAAUAUAUAAUAAAUAGUCACCUUGAUCUAGUUAAUAUCAUAUGAUAUCAUAUAGUUGGUAUUAAAUGUUUAUAGUGAGAUAUACAAAUCGAAUUGGACCAACAUGUUUUUCAAUUUCAAUGUGAGGCUGACACAUAUGACUAAUUAACUAUAUAAUUGAUUGACACAUAAGCAAGGGGUCUUUUUUAAUUAUUACAAAAUUGAGGUUACAUCUUUUCAAUUGUUCUUCAAUUAAUAUAUAGGGCAUUUAUCAAGAGCCUAAAACAAAAAAAAAUGGUUUUAAUUCAAAUGUAACAACAUUUUAGUUUUACUCAACUUUUGAAUAAAAAUUUUACUUUCUCUAAUCAAAAAGUAUCAAAAUGUAUUCUUAUCAAAGUUUCAGGCUUUGCCUAUCUUCAUAUUCUUGCUCGACAUGAAAGACAAACCAAUAUAUAAGAAAAUUACUGAAAUUUGCAGACACAAAGUAUUCAAAACAUCUGGCUAAAGCCAACUUGUGGAAUCUCACCUCAACAACUACUCUUGAUUUCUUCUUAGCAUUUCCAUUACCAUCACACUUCAAGAAAAAUCUUCCUUUUUUAUGAAUCACAACUAGCAUCUUAGCAUCAAUCAUCAUCAUGAUUGAAAAUUACAUUUAUCAUCACAUGAAGCUACAUCAAGAUCAUCACUGUCAAGGUGAGAUUCCUUAGAUGGGAAGCCAUAAAAAUCUUCUAUAUAUUCUUCUUCUUCCACGAGUUCACCAUAGCCUUCAACAUAUUCCAUCUCAGUUUCCUGAGAUUUAGUUUAGUGAAUAAUUAUCAGUACAAUGAAGCUGCUUAUAUGUUUGAUGGACUGCUUCGACAAAAAAAAAAAGAGCACCUCUUCUUUAAGGUUCUUUUCAUCAUCAGGAACCAAGAAUUCUAGUUCUGUGUAACGUAUGUCAGGGUAAAUGCCGUUCUUCAAGCGUUCUAACAACUCUGUUUCAACUCAGUUUCUAGGCAGCUUAAUCAUCUCCCACAAGUUCAUUGGUAUGUGAGCUCUCUCUAUACUCUUCAUACAUAAAUUAAGCACUUCUGAGUAACAACAAACAACAACAGAGAAGACUGCAGAUAGCCAGAUACAGAUACCGGUUAAGUUAUAAGGGUUUCUACAAAAGAUUUUGGUUUCGGUUUCGAUUUCGGUUAUAAGAGUAUCUCCAACUCAACCUCAAAACCUCAAAUUUUGAGGUUUUGUGUCAUUCCAGCUGAACUUCAAAUUUUCAAAUUUUGAGGUUCUGAAUAGUGAAACCUUAAAUCUUUUAUUUUUUUGGAUCAUUAUAGUUAUUACUUUUCACAAAUACAUAUAUUAAACUUAAUUUAUAUUAACUUAAGUACACAAAAAUAAAAUAAAACAGAAUAAAUACUACAUAACAUUAAAAUAAAGCUCGUACAAAAUAAAAAUACAUCAAAUAAAGCUCACACAGAAUAAAAAUACAUUAUAUAAUAUUAUAAUAAUAUGUGUUAUAUAAUGUAUUAGAUGUAUGUUUUAUAUUUUUGUGAAGUUUUAUCAAUAUUAGUAACUUUUGUUAAUGUCAAGGAUUAUAAUAUAAAUAAAUAAACUUUUAAAGAUUGUUUUUGAGGAUUCAUAUUUGGAGCAAACAACUCUCAAAUCCUUAUUUUAAAGUUUUGAUCCCUUUAAAAUAAGGUCUUGGAUUGGAAAUGCUCUCAAUUAUAACAUCAACUUCAUCCAUCUUUCACGGUGAAGAAGAUGAAAUCUAGCUAAAGAUUUAGAGUAAGAAACAAAGAAGAGUACUCUGUCUUUCUCUUCUUUUAAAUUUGUAGCUUUACCGGUAACUUGCUGAGCAAUCCACCAAACUAUCAUACAAAUAUACAAAAUCCUUCUCCAGUAACCGCAUCAUUUUCUUGAAUUUGCCAGUCAUGGUUUAUUGAUACAUAGAUCAGUAAUAUUAAACCUUUAGAAUUACAUAUUCUUAUGAAAAUAUUUUUCUCUUCAUAAAUUAGAAGUGUAUAAAAUAUCAUAUUUAAUUAAUAACGAUAUCUCAUUGAUAAGGAGAAAUGGAUUAAACCUUGUAAAGCUAUGUACAUAUUUUCUGAAAUCCAAAAAAAAACCUACAUAAUUUCCUAUUUUUCUUUUUAUAGUUUCCUUAAUCAGUUAAUCUUACCAUAGUUAGUCCAAAUUAGAUGGUCCCACAAAUCCAGGAAUUAUUCAACUAUAUGAAAAAAUCCAACGAGAAGAAAAGGAAUUAUAUAAACGCAAACAGGAUUAGGAACUAUAUAAUAAACGUAAGUAUUAGGAUAAAUCCAGAAACGAAAAAAGGAAAUAAGCAAAGAGGUCUACACUUAGUAUAAAUAUCUAGUUACCACCCCCUCUUCAUUCGUUCACUCAUCAUAAACUCAAAGCCGCUAGAGACCAGAAAGCAACAAAACAGUAAUCAUGAGAAACUGCAAGAAGAGACCACGACGACCUACGAGGAGUCAGGGAAGACCGUCAAGAGACUUGUUUUAUCAAACUCUGACUGAUUAUUCAGAUGAAGAGACUCAAGGAAUCUUACAGUUCAUGAAGAAACUGAAACAGGCCGAUGAUGAAACAUGCAUCUUCAAUCGAUUCUGCUGUGGGAUUGACUCUUAUCGAUAUGGUUGUAUAAACUACAUCAGUCUCAAAAACCGUCUCCUUUGGAUUCUCCGUGAUCACAAAGGUUUACUCGACGAGUUCCAUCAGCUUAAGUCAGGUUUUGCUUCUCCUGUAAUAAGAAACAACGAGAAGAAGAAAGAGAACGCAGAAUCAGACAUGGAGCGUACGGUAGGGUUCUUGAAGAAAAUCGAAGCCCUAGGGGAGAGUGUGUACAAAGCGUUUAUAAAUGCGGUAGCGUUUUCCGGUGAUAUAGAGGUUCUGGUUGAACAACUCGACGAGAUUCUACGCGACCACACGCCUCUAAAAGAGGAUUUUGAAACGUUCUUAGUUGAUUCCCGUUUACUCAAACGCAAACGUGAAGAAAGCGUGGACGACACGCCAUCGUAUCAGAUUAGACCCGAAGCUGAAGUGCGAUCUUCCUCUAAUGGGGUUUUUAACGAGAAAUACUAUUUGGUCAGUCCGUAUGAUCCCGAGGUCGCAUCGCAAAACGAGCACCAGCGUUGCCUCAAUAAGAAAAGGAAUAACCUCGAGGACAAACUUAUGAAGGAGGACAUGCUCAUGGGUGACCUAGAUGCGGUUAUUAGGUUUGGUAAAGACCCCAAACUCUUCGAGAAGCCUCCAUUAGGAUUUGACAGAGUCUUGGACUGGUUUUGCGGAGGUAAGGAGGUGCCACAAAAAUAUAAGACACAUCCGAAGCUUGCGGUAACAUAUAUGUUACCGAUAAUGCAGAUUACGCUAGAAGAGAUGACAAGGGCGAAAACAGUUAAAGCGAUAAGUGCCAACGAGUCGGAGGGUGAAGUUAAGUAAUAAGUAGUGAAUGAGAGUUUUUUAUAUUAGGUAUGCAUCUUGUUUAUGUUUUAGUAGAGUCUCCCAGGUCUCAUGUAUAACAUUUCAAAACUGUGAGUGGCUUUAGUCUAAGAUCAAUGUAUAGCUUUAUUUUGUUAUAAGACGUUGAGGGCUAUUAGUUUUCUUUGGUCAGAUUAAAUAUCACACUUCUUCAUGGUCAUGGAGAGAAAGACCUAAAGAUAUCAAGUUUACAAUUGCACAAAAAGAUAAAUCGGUUUACGAACUUUACUUGCCACAGAGUCCAUCUUAUGUAUUAAACUAUUGGGCCCUUGUUGUUGAUACAAACAACGAUUUCUUGGCACUGAAAUAGCCUUUCUGCUACUACUUCUAAUCUACAAUCGGUUUCUUGACAUAAAUCACGAAAUUUGUUUUUAAAGACUUCUGAUAUAUUUUUCUAUGUUAUGUAUUACGUUGGCGACAAAAAAUAUUGUCUUUCAUUUUUGUAUGCGAAAUAAAGUUUUGCAUUCAUGAAAAAAAAGAUAUAUCAUAUGUCUUUCUUAUUUAUAUAUCUAAUUUGUUCGGAAACUCACUAUCCAUUCUUUGUAUGCUCGGAUCGGACCUAGCGGAAAAUGAAAAAAUCGGAGAUUAAUCGGAGCAUAAUUUUUAGUUUUCAUUUUAAAAAUAUACUUAUAUAUAAAUGGAGUUUAUGUAAGUGAUAACAAGAAAAUUCACGUGGUUUGGUGAUAAAGAAUAUUAAUGAAAGAACCAAGAGCUCGUAGCUUAGUGGUAAAGGAGGUACAGCUGUACUGCCCGCCACCCGGGUUCGAAUCUUGGCCACAACGGAUUUAACAUCCCUUCCGUUGGGGCGCUGGACCUCUUUCGGGGGGAUAGUUGGGAAUGUGGCUGCCCAGAUACCAGAGUUAUCAAAAAAAAAAAAAAAAAAAAAAAAAAUAUUAAUGAAGCAUAUUAGAGUGAUGCAUUACCAUUAUGGGAUGGUCUGUCUUAAAACAUGUAAUAUCUUAAUUUGAUGUGAGAUUAAAUAAAUAAAUCAUCCCACUUUUAUGUACAAAUAUGAUUUUAUUUAUAAAAAUGCAAUCACAAAUAAAAUUAUAAAUCUUAUUAUAUAAAUAUUUUUUUUCAAAUAGCGAUAUUAUACUAUAUUUAUUUUUGUUCUAAAAAAUAUAUUAAUGUUAUAAUAAAAAUAAAUAUACCAUGUGUAGUAUUAAAUUUUAUUUCGUUAAAUAUUAAUAGAUUCAAUACUAUUUUUGGAUUAUAAGAAUAGUAAGACUCGUCAAAACUUAAAAGGUAAAGUCUCAAAGAUUUUUGGAUUAAUCAUGAAACAGUCAAUAAUUCAAUUAUUACAUAUACAUAGUCAGAAUGGGGACCUUAAUUAAUUAGCUAGUUCUUUAUGGGUCCAUAUUAUAAAGCUAGAUAACAAAUAAACAAUGUAAUAACAGAGACAACAACAACACCAGCAAUAGCAACUAUAAUGUGUAAUAUAUACGAUGUAUAUAGUUGUUGAAUUACAGUAAAAAGAUAGAUAUAUAAGUUCAGGAACAUAUGCCCGCUUUUAUGAUAUAGUUAUUAGUUGCCGGCUUUGAGAUUUUGGGAGCCUGUAACAAUGUAAAAAUUUUUUUUUACCAGUUUAGGGGCCUAAAAUUUAUUUUUUGAAGCUUAUGCCUAUAUAAUCUUUUUUAAAAAUUUUGGAGCAUGUUGUAAAUGUUUCACGUAGCAUUGCUCAGGGCCGACCCUGGUUUAUUACUACAGAAAAUAUGUAAACUGAUACAUUACAUGAGAAAAGUCUGCCUUUGGUUCAACUAUUAGUAGGUAAUCCUCAUACAGCUAAUUUUUUUUGUCAACAUUCUGAUACAGCUACUAAAAAUUCGAAUCUUUAGCAAAUACUUAGCAUAUAUUAUAUACGUGUUUUUGUUUGUCUGCACAAAUCUGAAUUACCAGAAAAAAUGGAAUAUGCCCAGAAGAAACAUCAAUAAAAUUCCAAAAACCAAAAGAAGCAAAAAAACAGGUAGGGUGUAAAGCAAGUAUAUAUGUGUAUGUAUUACCAUCAUAUCGAUAUAUCAUACCUUUCCAUAUGCUACACAUUCACAUAUAUAUGAAAGUAUGGACAAGACCUUCAUUAUCAAACGCCUUUAUGUCUUGUUCAGUCCUUUUCUGAUUUGCUAAAUUUAAUAUCCAGAUCUGAUCACUCUAACCCUAAACUUAAGUUUAUCUUAUCCAUGUGUGCAAAACCAAACAGAUACUUUUCUGUUUAUUAAUUCGGCCUGCAUUUUUCCGGAUUCAGAACUAAUAUAUGGUGAUCGAACGGACUCAACCAUUGUAAUAAAGUCUUUGAUCAUAAUAUAUAUGUGUAUAAAUUCCUUAAAUUUUAAAGUAUCUUCGAGAUGAUUAUGCAACAAGCUUAUACAUGCCUACGCAUAGAUCUAGUGAUCUAGUUGAGUACACGUUCGAAAAAAGUACCUACCUAUACAUGAAAGUCUUAUAAUAUGAAACGCGACAAUACAUAUAAAUACACCAUAUCAAAUCGAAAUAAGAAUACAUAAGCUUACGUUUGCAAAUGAAUAUAAAACUGUAAGAGUAUCCAACGUUUGUAAAUGGAUAUAAUAUUGUAGAGGGUAGAUGGAAACUAACAUAAGGUUAGAUAUUAUUUUUUUUGGUGCAAAAGAAAAGGUUAGAUAUAAAAUUAUGGAAAACUGAAAUGAGAGAGGUAGGCCAACUAAUGAGGUCAUAUUUUACGAGGAUGACGUUUCCCAUUUUCUUCUCUGUUUGGCUUUUUCCUUUGGUUAUAUUUAUAAAGGUUUAUUUGCUAAAUAACCAAAAAAAUAAGGGAAAUUAGAUUUUUAGAGAGAGAGUAGAGAGAGAUAGGAAGAGAAAGUAGGAGAGAUGGGGUGUUUUUAGUUAGUUAAUGAAUUUUGGUUUUUGUUGUGUAUAGUGAAUGCAAUUUCCCUAUUUAUAAUUUUAGCAUUUAUUUACCGCCACGGCGCCACCAGAAAAAAAAUACUCCCUUCUUUUUUUUAUGAUGUAAAUGUCUUUCUGUUUCAAUUUGUACAAUAUUUAAUUUUUUAUCUAAAAUUAUUGAAAUAAUUGAUUAAAAUAUUAAAAUCAAUAUUUAUUUUUGUUUUUAUUUGUUCUAAAUAGCAAUGAUUAGUUUUCCUCGUAAUUUUUUAUUGUAAACGAAAACUUAUGAUAUAUGUACUUUUUUCUUAAUAUGUGUGUUAAUGCUAAAAUAUCAUAUAAAAACAGAGAAAAUGUGUAACAUUCUAAGCUUACGAAGACUUCUGAAGAGUUGAUUUUUUUUAUGGAAACACGAUUUCUAAAGAUUUUUUUUUUUUUGCUAAACUUUAAAUAUCAUAUUAGUGAAGAAAAGAUUUUACAAAAGCAAGAACCUAAACUUGAGCCAUCUUGGCAAAAAGAAAUAAAAAUAAGAUGGAUCAUUACAAUUAACUUCCAAAACAAACUUAUCUCAGUCACAUCGCCAUUAGCGAAUCAAAAUGUUUCCUAUUUCUUCUUGCUUGAAAUAAUAUUUCUUAACUCCUUGUCUAUGCGUUGGUAUUAAUAAUAUUUCUUAACUCCUUAUCUAUGCCGUGAAAUACCAACGCAACAGGGAUAGAAGAUUGAUUAUGAAGCAAAAUGUUUAUUUGCUUCCAGAUGUGGAAGACCACCGUUUGAGCCGCUAAUUUUCUGAGGAGAGUUAGUCUCCUUGAUGUUGGAGCUUUGAUCCAAGAUAGAAGCUCUGCCCAAUUUAUAAACGCGGAAGGGGGAGGCUGGCAUCGAAUAAGCACCUCAUGCCAAACCGCCUGACUGUACUCGUAGGACAGUAGUAAGUGGUCUCUAGAUUCUUCAGCUCUGGAACAGAAUCAGCAGUCGGAAGAGACCAGCAUGCCCCAUCCUGCAAGAUGUGCCAUUGUUGGUAGUCUGUCAUAAUUUUUCGAUUCACAUUGUGAAUGAAUGCUUUGGUAUUGCUCCUCUGAACCAGACCACGUCGGCCCAGUCUUUGAUAUCUUGUCUUGGGGAAGAGAUUCCCAUCUCACGCAAACAAACGCUUUCCUCAAGUCCACUUUCAACAUACCACGAGGGGAUAGACCUGAGUAGUAUAGCCAUUCACAAGGUCAGUAGUUAGCAGCACAUUCUUUGCAAGGAGGCACCUCGGUAAAAAAGCAGACUGAGAUUUAAUAAAACAUAAGAAGCAGAAUCUCCUUGAGCCUAGAAGCUAGAAGCUUUGAUAUCACUUUCUACACCGUGUUAAGUCAAGAGAUGGGCCUGAAAUCCGUGGUGAGGGAAGUAUUAGGCUUCUUUGGUAUAAGGACAAAAUUGGAUGUGUUCCAUUGCUUCAGAAGACUGUCAGACUUGGAGAAUUCCAUGAUUGCUUUUGUGAUCUCAGGACCGAUGACUGCCCACGACGAAGUGAAAAACUCCACCGAGUAACCAUCAGGUCCACCUAUUUUAUUUUUAGGCAGAGAAACGCCCUUAAUGUCCUUAGCUGAGAACGGCUUCUGAAAAUUAUCUGCCAGAUGCACCGAACAUCUGAAGUUGAAGAGAAGAUCAAGGUCGCUUUGGAUGAACAUUGGCUGGGAUACCGGGCUUCCUAAAAUGCUAGAGAAAUAAUUCACACACAGCUCUUGGAUACCGGAUUGAGAUUCAAUACGCACUCCAUCCUCCGAAGUAAGAAAAUGAAUGUGAUUUAUGGCAUGUCUGGAGGCUGUGCAUCUGUUAAACAGCCUAGAAUUACCAUCUCCGAAAGAAAGCCAACUAAUGUGCGACCUCUGGACAAAGAAUUCAGUUUUAAGCUGUUGAAAAUACUUCCCAUUCAUGCAUCGCCUGAAGUUCAGCAGAGGCAUUAUGCAUUGAAGGGUCAGAUAACAGUGAGGCAUGAGCCUGCAAUAGUCUCUCAUGAGCAAGCUCUGUCUUCCUCUCAAUACCCGAAUAAUUCUUAAAGCUAAAUUCUCUGAUAACUUUCUUCAACAUCUUAAGCAUUCUGGAAACCUUGAACAUUGUGGAGCUUGUGAUGUUGAAAGAAAACCAGCUCUCACAAAUAACAGCCAAGAACUUAGGGUUGUGUGUGAGGAAAUUAUAAAAUCUAAACUGCUUCUUGAUUUUUAUCCUCUCGGUUUCUAGGGUGAUUGACAUAACUGCAUGAUCGGAGAAGCCGGGGCUACCAAAGAAAGUGACAGAGGAUGAAAACGCGAUGUACCAUUCAUCAUUAACUAGGCUUAUGUCAAGCUUCUUAGCUACAAGGACGAGUUUAUGCUUGUUCCACCAAGUGAAAGUAGGGUCCAUAUAGUUCAGGUCCUCCAAAUUUGCUUCCACCAGACACUGAUUGAAAUAUCUCAUCCUUUUAUUCAUGUUCAGGGAAGGAGGCAAUGAAUGUUCAGCAUGAAUUCUAAUUUGAUUAAAAUCCCCUAUGACCAGCCAAGGUUUUGUGUCCAACCCGUUUGAAGCGGCUAGCGAAGUGAUUUUAGACCAAAGGGUGAUCCGUUCUUCAACAGCAUUUGAAGCGUAGAGUGUAGAGUUGUAUAACUUGGACUGCGAGGAGGGCCAAGAAACCUGAGGGCCAAGAAACCUCGGCCGUGAUAAUCUGACGAGAUUUAGAGAUGAUAUUUACUAAGAGAGAAGGGUUACAAAUAAUCCAGAUUUUACCAAUAAGAGAAAAAGCAUAGUUGUUUUCAGCAGACCAACCCGGAAAAAGUUGUUAUACAAAUAUAUUCUUCUUGAGUUGCUUAACAUGCGUCUCAAGAAUGCCGCCAAAAAGAGGUGAGUUUUUCCUAAACCAUUUAUGUAAUCCGCUGCAGUGACUGAGUUUAUUUAGAUUUCGUACAUUCCAGCAAAAAAAAUAUGUCGACAUAAAAACUAGUAGGUUUUAGAGCCCUUGCCCCGACUUCCUUGCAGACCUGAAAUUUUAUUUUUAUUUUGGACCAACUCAAAAUCUGGUUCAUGCUUACUAAAUUUUCCAUCCUCUAACUCAGACUCAGACGACUCCACAUCAGAAGAAUCCGGUUGAACAUCAGACUGAGAGGAUCUAGAAAUAGCCGAGUCACUUCUAGAUAGCACACAGCAAAGAUAGUAAGGGGUGGCACUCGUUUCAUCCCUCGCCUGAUCUUUUGCAGUACCCAACUUAGAUUGAUCCGGGGUCACUGAGUGGAUAGUCACCACUUUGAUAGGAACAGGAGGUAUAGGGGAUGGGGAAAGGGAUUUUUGAGCUUCCUUGUCAUUUUGAGCUGGGUCUACUGUAAUCCACUGUUUCUUAUCCUUAGAUCUUCCCCUUCUAGUGUUCUUACCCCUAGGCUCCUGUCCGUGCUUCUUAGAGCAGUUUGCUGAAGCAUGAGAAGAGGAUUUACAAAAACUGCACUCCUUUGGAACUGACGGGCAUCACUUAGAGAAGUGACCAAUCUCCUAACAGAUACCACAUACCGGCGGCAUCCAAGGCUAGAGACGAGAACUCUACUAAUUUCUCCGGAAUCAUAUUGCACAUUUCCCGCUUCAGGUAGAGGUUGUCUCGGAUCAAUAAUUGUUAAGACUUUGGCAACCUCCAAGUUCUUUUUAUUCGCAGUCUUCGGAUGCAGAUACUCGGGGUGAUCCACUAGACCGGCAAUCCGCUCCAGGCUGUCCUCAUUGAAAAAAUUAGAAUGGAACAUUCCUAAGCUCGAGCCAAAUUGGGGCAGAGGUGAGCUCGGGUUUAGCUGGAACCACGCCCGGUUCCCAUUUGUCCAUGAUCAUAGUCCGACCUUCUAUUUGCCAUAGUCUUUGGUUAAUAACUCUACUUCUUGUUGCUGUAUUCGGAAUUCGAAACAGAAACACAAACCCUUCCAUCUUUGACACCGCUAUGUCUCUAUAAUGCUUACUCCAAAUCCUGUUAACUAUGUUGUGUAAUGUUGAGAGAAAAGUGUCGUUAUUAUUAUCAUAUCUGUUCAAUGAGAAAAAUAGGGUGCAGUAUCUGAUCAACAUGUCUAGAAAAAAAGCUUUGAAAAUAUGUCUUAAAAUGUUCCUGAAAUCAUUUAAAAUAAUGUUUUUAAAUCAUACGAAUAAAUUGUAAAUAAAUUAUUAUGUAUUUAAAAUACACAUCCAGAUAUAUUUGAAAAUUAUUGCUAAUAACUAAUUGUUACACCCUCUGUUUCGUAUUAAGUGUCGGUUUAGAUUUUAAUUUUUUUUUCAUUAUAAGUAUCAUUUUAUAUUUUCAAGAUAAAUAUUAAAUGUAUUUCCUAAUUGUUACCUUUUAAUUUUAGUUCAUUAAUUAACAAAAUCAAACAAAAUAAUGAAUUAGAUAAGGGUAAAAUAGAAAAUUUAAUUAUUUUCUUAAUUUGUGUGCAAAAAUCUUAAACACGACUUAGAGCAUCUUCAAAAAAUUAUACUCCCUCUCUUUUUAAAUAAAUCUUAAACACAACUGAGAUAAAAGCAUCAGUAUUAAGAAAUGCAUUACUUUGAAAAAUAUAUCAUUUAAUGCAUAAGUUCAACCAAUCAUAAAAAACAUGUAUUAUUUUAUUGGCUACACAAUAUUCAAUUAUAUAAAAAGUGCAUUGAAAUGUGAAAACAUCUUACAUUUUAUAUUUUCAAGAUAAAUAUUAAAUGUAUUUCCCAAUUGUUACCUUUUAAUUUUAGUUCAUUAAUUAACAAAAUCAAACAAAAUAAUGAAUUAGAUAAGGGUAAAACAGAAAAUUUAAUUAUUUUCUUAAUUUGUGUGCAAAAAUCUUAAACACGACUUAGAGAAUCUUCAAAAAAUUCUACUCCCUCUCUUUUUAAAUAAAUCUUAAACACAACUGAGAUAAAAGCAUCAGUAUUAAGAAAUGCAUUACUUUGAAAAAUAUAUCAUUUAAUGCAUAAGUUCAACCAAUCAUAAAAAAACAUGUAUUAUUUUAUUGGUUACACAAUAUUCAAUAAUACAAAAAGUGCAUUGAAAUGUGAAAACAGCUUAUAUUUUGAAACAAGAUUUUUUCCCUAAAACUAUAUAAUAUGAAAUAGAGGGAGUAUAUUUUAAAGUUUUCAAAACUCUAUAUUUGAAGUUUAAAUAUGUUCUUCUCCAACAUCAAACCUAACUUCAAAAGUAUUUGUAUUUUAUACUAUGGUCUUUAUAUUUUUUAUAAUCAAUUUAAACUUAUAAACUUUUAUAAAUGACUAGCGCAUAUAUAAAAAAAUAUUACAUCAAUAUUAGCGAAUAAAAGUUUACACUAAUAUAUAAAAUUAUAAAUAGAAAUACAUUAUUAAAUAUUAAAUUACGAGUAAAAUAUCACAUUAUUUUAUAAAAUUAUUUUCAUAAUGCUCCCAUAUGUGAUCAAUUAGUGCAUUUCAAAAUAAGAAAUGAUUUUAUUUAUUUUUUAAUUUGUAUAUUACGAGGGAAAAUUGUUGAAGUCAGGUAUUCUCAUUUUCUGCUAUAUGAUCAAUAAUGUCUUCAUGUACCUUUUUAAAAACUUAUUUUCUUAAAUUUCUUUUUAAUAUUUUUGUUGUUUGAAUCUAGUUUAAAAAUAUUUUAAAUCUUAUUUUAUAGUUUUUAUUUAAUUUUAUGUGCAAAACUUGAAUUUAUAAAAAAAAAUUGAAAUAAUUAUAAGAUAUAAAAUUUAAGGAUUAAAACGGUAAACGAAAAAUAUUUAAGAAUCAUAAAUAUGAUGUGUAGUGUAAGUACCAAAAUGCAAAUAAAGUUUUGAGAAGUGAAACUUCAAAAUAGAGUAUCACUCCUCAAAAUUUUAAUUUUUUUUUUUCAGAGAAUGAAAAAUUAUAUAUUUGAAGUUAUCGAAUUUUUUUUGAAGAUGUUAUAGUGAAACGGAAAGACUAGAUUAAAAAAAAUUCAAUUGGUCGGUUAAUAAAAAGCAGUAGUUAAAUUAAACUUUUUGUUUGUACUAAGUUUUGCAAAUAAAUUGUAUGAAAAAUCAUGUGAUUUAUCAAAGGUAGGUAGGACAUAGUUUUGUAAUUCCCAGAGCCUCUCAAGAAAAAAAAAACAGAGGAUGAGACUUUCCCUAAAUUCAUUAAAAAUCAAAAGUGUUAAUUAUGAUGAUUCACGAGUCUUGGAAAUAGUUAAUCUUUAUAUUAGCACAAAUACAUGUGUCUCCGCCAAUGAUAAUGAGAAGAUAUAUGUAUGAUUAAUUUUCACAAAAAGAUGUAUGAUUAGUUUUCAAAAAAAAAAGAUGUAUGAUUAAUUUUCACAAAAAAAAGAUGUAUGAUUAAUAAAUUGUAAGUUGAGUUUAGAAAAUCCACGGGAUCAUGAAAUCAUAUUGUAAGUUUAGAAAAUAAUAAUUUUGCAUCACACAGUCAGAUUAUCAUGAAAAGAAAAGACAUUUCAACAAUAGAGAGUUCAGAGCAUUUCUAAUGUAUAAUUCCAUUUAAAAGAAUAAAAAUUAAUCAUUUACUUAUACCCUACUCUUUUUAAGUGAUGAAUAUUACCACUCUCUUUAAAUAACACUUUAUUUUGAUAGGAAAAUAGAAUGAUAAGUCAAAAGUAAUGAAUAUUACUAGGUAUGGGCACGGAUCAGAUAUCCAUAUUUUUGAAGGUAUUUGUGAUUUUUUUUUUAUGUCACGGAUAUCUAAUUUUUUUGAUUUGCUUUGUUUCGAAAAAAUAUGGAUAUUCGGAAAAACGGAUAUCUGGUAAAUAAAUAGAUAUUUGCAGAAAUUUACAAAUACUUACGGAUAUCUCAUAUGUUUUGAUUAGUACAAAUAAUUUUAAAAUUUUGAUACAAAUUUGUUUUGCAAAAUAUUUUUUGCAUGAUAAAUAUGAUAAAAAUUAAAAGAAAUAGUGAAUCUACAUAUUUUGUAAUUUUUUUGAACUUAGUUAACAAUUAUAAUAACACAAAACUUAAGACAAAAAAUUAUAAUUGUGAUAAAUGAGUUCUCUUCCUUUUAUGUAAUACUUUUAUAUGAGUAAUAAUGUGAAUAGAAUUUAUCAAAUCAUAUGUUAGAAUAAUAAUUAUAUAAUUUCAUACAUUAAAAACUUUAAAUAUAAUCAAGAUAUACAUGUAUUUAUAUAUUGCCGGAUCGGAUCGGAUAUCCGCUUCCAAAAUUUUAAUAUUUGUGAUUUGCUUUGAUUUUAACGGAUAUUGAUUUUUAGUAUAUGCUUUUCUUCGAAAGUUUACGGAUAUCCAGAAUUUUUGGAUCGAAUCGAAGCGAAUAACGAAUCAAAUCAAAUUUAACGGAUAAAAAUCAAAUUUAACGGAUAAAAUGUCCAGCCCUAAAUAUUACUCCUCUAUUUUUGGACUAAACUCACAUUUUACACCAUUUUGAAAUAGGAAAUACAAUUGGAUGAAAAACUACUACAACAGGGAAUCGUAAGUGAAAAUUAUAACAAAAUUGAAAAGUUCUUAAAUUGAUCACGUAUUAUACAUCUACAAUCAUGUUUCAACAAAAAAAAAAAACAAAUCAACCGGACGUAAAGACAGGAACGGUUAAUCCAUGAUUUAAUGUAUUCACUUGAAGAUAUUAAAAAAACAAAAUCUUGCUUCACUAUUUAAGUAUAUUUGACAAUUGAAUUCAGACAGUCUAUAAAAAAUACAAAUGGUUAGGUAGGUUAAGGCAUGACAAAAUAGUUGAUUCAAAAAAUAAAUGUUUGGUUAAAUAAUUAUUUGUGCUGACAAUCAUGAUUAAGGAACUAACUAAAUCACAAAGAAAAAGCCAAAAGGAAGAGGAUAGAAAAGGUAAAACGGGAGUAGAAAUAAUUAGUGUUGUCAGGUCCCAGAGGUGUUUCUUUCCUGUUUUCCCUUCAAUUAAAUUUAUUUGGGAAUCUAGGUAACAAUAAAGAGAAGAAACAAAAAACUAGGGGGUGUGCUUUAAAUUCACUUAAAUGCUGAGAUUUUGUUACCCAUUAAUUGCAUCAACAAAUCCUUUUUCAAAGUGAACAAAUUUUCAUCUAUCUGUUUAUUUCAGUUAAGAUGUUAUACAAUAGAAUCACCCAAUCCAAGAGAAAAAUGGUAUCCAUUGGAUCAACAAUUCCUUUUUCAAAGUGAAAAAACUUUCAUGUAUCUGUUUAUUUCAGUUAAGAUGUUAUACAAUAGAAUCACCUAAUCCAAGAGAAAAAUGUUUACUAGCUUACGAUACACAAGUAACAACUCUAACCUUAGCGCAAAAGACUUGCAAUUAGGAACAACUAGAAAACAAACCCCGCGCGUUUGGGUUAUUAAAUUAUUAAUUUAAAUUUAAAAUCUUAAGUUCAAAAAGUGUGUACUUUAUAACUAUUUAUAAACACCGGUUCAAUUUGUUGUAUUAUAUUAGUCUUAUUUCAGUAUGUAUAUAUAUAGGUUAAGAAUCCAAUGUAUUGAUUUAACUGUAAAAAAUAAAGAUUAAAAAGACCAAUUUUGAACGAUUGUAUAAAUAUAGUCAUCUAACAAAGAGACCAAAACAUCCACAUUGUGUUGCCAACAUAAAUUGUACAGAUUUUGGUUAACCGGAAGCAAAAAAGUAAGCUCUUUCUCAAAAAAAGAAGAAGCAAAAAUGCACAUAACAAUAUAGUCAAUACUCUUUCACUGAUAAUUGUUUUUUUUUCUAUUUUGUUAAUUUUGGAAUAGCGACAUAGUCUACUUAGCAUAUUUAUAUGUCACGGAAAGGGGAAAAUGGGAGAAAUAGAGUUGUAUAAAAAGUGUUUUGAUAACUUGAUUGCUGUAGAGGGAAAGUAUAAUCAUCUUUUGGUUGAGGUAAUCGAUCCUCCACCCCCCACCACUUUUUCGUGUUUACCAAUUCAGUUUUACAUAUAUACUGGUAGACUGGUAGCAUUGUCGUGGCAUUUUUUUAUUCACCAAAACAACAAUAUUGAACAGUGUUCACAUCAAUGUGUACAGUACUCCCUUUGUUUCUAAAAGUAAGAUUUUUUAAAGUUUAUUUUUGUUGCACAAAAAUAGUUUUUUUAUAUUUUUAAGGACAUUUUACUUUUACACUUUGUUGGAUACCACUUUUCAACUUUACCAUCAGUCUAAUGACAUUUUCAGAAAUACACACUUUCAUUAAUGAGCAAAAGACAAGAACACCCUUACCUUAUCUUCUUCUCCACUAUUGGUUUCUCUCCCUGUCCUCGAGUCACCGUCAUCUCUCUCUCACCGUCGUCUCUCUCUCUCACCGUCAAUUUCCGGCGCCUCUCUCACCGCCUAGUUCUGGUGUCUCUCUCACCGUCGAUCUCUCUCUCACCGUCGAUCUCUCUCUCACCGUCGACUUCCGGUGACGAAAUCGAUUCAAAAUCUCCAAGAUGUCAACUCAUAUACGUGAUUCACAACUUAUGUUUCUAAUUUCUGUAUUUUUGUUUGAUUCGAUUUUGUGCUUUCUCUUAUCGAAAAAUCAAACAAGGUUCUCUUAGAUAUCUCAUUUAAAGAGGUCGAUCUAAGAGAAACAGAUUUGAUAGUGAAACGUUGAGAGUGAAAACAUUGAGUAUUUGAAAACUUAAAUCUGGUUUUGAAAUCAUAUUAAGAUUGAUCUGAAUGGUUCCGGCUAAGAAAAGAGAUUUUCCGAUAGUAAAAACUGCAUAUUAAGGAAGAGAUAAUUUCCGAUAGUAAAAACUGAAUAUUAAGGAAUUAUAACCCCUUAUAAAUCUGGGUUUCAUGAGAUUGUUGAUAAAUACAACUCAAUGAUUUAUAAGGAAUUAUAACCCUUUAUAAAUCUGGGUUUCUACCAGGAAACCUCUUCUGCAGAUCUGUUAUGUCUACAUAGGGACUCAACAAGGGCUUCGACAAUUACUGAAGUGUUGGAGGUGGAGAAGAAAAAUAAUGUGAGUUUUUACUAAAGUUUAUAAAUAUAUUUGUACUGUAUUGUUUAGAAAGAUGUUUAUAAACAUACUCCUUGAAAAAGGGUUACAAGCAGACGCCUUGGUAAAAAAUGUGAAGCGUUUAGACAUUUUAGAAUAUUUUUUAUUUUGUACUUUUUCUGUAACACGUUGCUUGCAUCAUUCACACACUAGCCCUUAACAUUCACAUUAGAUUAUUGAGAAUGGUUGCUCUGUUUCUUCUUGGCUUGUGUUUUGUGUGUUAACUCGCAUGUUUCACUUGUCUUAACACCUUGCUUAUGUCAUGCCCUCAUUAGCUCCUGCCAUUUACAUGAGAUUACUAAGUUAACUAUAUUGUUUCAUAAUGGUUUAUAAAUAAGAGAUUUACAGAGACUUAUAAAACGUUGUUUUAUCUUUGUUACAGGGUGUGGUUACUACAGUGUAUGGAUUCUCUGAGGAAUUCAAACAUUUGGUGAACCCAACACAUCCUCAUGAUAAGGACUUUGAAAGUGUUAUACAACUAGUUCAACAAGGAUACAAUGUGUAGAAAAUCGAUUGGGAACAAGGAUUUGUGGAUGUUUUCUUACAACAGAAGACAUUGGUCGACAAAGCAGGACAGAAGACAAAGAUGUACAGCAAAACCUCUAAGGAGCAAACACAAUAUCAAGAAGAACAACAAGUGGAAGCUGAUGCUGAAUUCGGUGACAGUGAUAAAGAAAGAGAAACAUCAAAAAUCAAUGAAGUAAGCUAAUAUAUAAACCCUUAUAAAUUUGGACUAUCAUUUAAAAAAAAUUAUAAGCCAUCCUAAAUUUGUUAUUGUUUUUUUUCUCUCUUGGAAAUAGGGUUGAGGAAGAAUAAGAAGAACAAAUGGAAGCUGAUACAGAAGUUGAGGAGUCCGUGCAAGCUGAAAGGCAGAAAUGAAGAAGAGGAAAUAAGGUAAAUAACUCUCUUUAUAAUGGUUUAUAAAUGUUAUUUUCUGAUCGUGUUCUCAAAAUUGAAUGAUGAAUAUGUUUAUAUAGCCAUCAUAAUACUGUUUAGGAACAAGAGCAUAAGAAGAAUAAAGAGAAAAGAAAAGAUGAAGCGUAUGAGAAAGCUAAGGAGAAAUUUCAAGAUGAAGAUGGUUCCAAACUCGAUAAGUUAAUCCAAAUGCUUUAUGAUUUGAAUAAACGAGUAGAAGUAAUCGAGAAUGUCAAGUGGUAAGCAAAUAACUUUACCAAGCACUUAUAAAUAUUUUCACAUGUUAUUUUCUUUACCUAUUAUGACAUUAUUUUUUGAAGGCAGACGGUUAUGAGAGUCCAUGCAACUAUGAUGAUACAAAAGGUGCACCAAAUGAUGAAAAUGAAGAAGAAGAAAAUUCUGGUGGUAAAAGAAAUGCAACAGAUGAUGAAAAUGAUGAAGAAGAAAUUUCUGAUACACAGCAACUAACGGAAGUGAAUAUUCUUAGGGAAAAUGAGAAUACAGAGAAAAUCACUCCAGACGAAGACACUGAAAAAAGUGAAAAAAAAAGAUGCAUGGAACAAAAGUCACAGUUACAAUUCUAAAAAAUAGAAUAUAAAGGUUUAUAAAAUUUUUUAUAUUAAGCUUAA